CAAAACAAAAAGGGGGAAAAAAGAUGUUGGGGCACCUUUAAAGUUAACUGGCACGAGCCUCGGGGACCGCCCCUCCAAACCAGCGAAGGGAGCGUUCGUUGGUUACUUCGCCGCAGAAUGGGGCGGGAUUAAGGACUCAGUAACCAUGGCGACGGGGAGGCGCUGGCUCGACAUGGCGCUGCUCUUGCUUCCCCUGAGCGCCGGACUUUCGGGCACCCCGGGCUUCUUCCUCCCCUUGCGCCGGCCUCAGGGUUGCGGGGAAUCGCAGUACUUCGAUAUCGCCAACUUGUCGUGCGGGCAGUGCGGAGCCUUCCAAAGACAAAGUACUUCGGGUACCUCCUGCACGUGUCUGCCAGGAUACAAGACAGUUUCUGAUCAGGGUGGAUCUUCUAUCUCCUGUGAGAAAUGUCCAGAAAUCAUGAGUGGAGUUACUCAAGAUGGAUGGCAAUGCAUUUCUUGCCCUAGUGACCUAACUGCUGAAGGAAAAUGUAAAUGCCCUGUUAAUGAGAUUUUAGUGGAAAGAGACACUAAUGGUGCAUUGCUAAAAGCUGCAUUAUGUGUUCAGUGUAAUGGAAAAGAGCAGUCAUUUACUACUCCGAAUGCAUUAAAUAAUAGGUGUAUAAGAUGUGAGCCAACGUUCAUCAGUGUGAACAAAUCAUGUACCUGUUCCGAGCCAAAUAUUCUAACAGGUGGAUUAUGUUUCAGGGGCACCGGAAAUUUCCCUCCAAAGGGAAUUGCAACUGUUCGUUUUGGAACCCUAGGUAUCACCUUGCUGUCAGCAUGGUUUUCAAACAAUUUGCAAGCAUCAGCAGCUGCUUGCUGGUUAUACUCCAACCUAACAUCUUGCCAAGCACUUGGAAACAUGUGUGUGAUGAACAUGCAUAGCUGGAGCUCUACUAUCACUGAUGCUUGUGGUCUCUUUCAGUAUGUCUUUGCAAAUACCGCUGGACAUGGUACUGUUCAUUCAGUAUCAUUUUGGAGGCAGAACCUUCCAUGGCUAUACUACGGUGAUCAGCCAGGUUUAGCAUCACAGAUUCUGGACACAACACAGUUUCCUACUAGAUUCACUUUUAAAGGAACAAACAAGAACAUAAAAUUGCAGUUUAUUGCUGCUUCAUAUGAUGCAGGGGGAAAUUUUCUUCAAUGGCUUGAUUUAGAAGGUGGUAUUUUACAGCUUUGCCCAGACACACCAAUCAGACUGAAUGCUGCCUACAUCUUUGGGACAACAUACCAACAAAAAUGUAAAAUGGCUGUUUCCAAGAUUUUAAAGGACUAUUCCCAUCCAAUUUUUUAUGAUGUGUUCCUUGAAUAUUAUGAUGAAGAAGAUGGAAAACAGUAUCUUUGGGCAGUGCCAGUCUUAAACUUAAACCUUCAAUAUAAUGAAGUGUUUGUGAACCAAGGCAGCAAUAUGAACAACUGGCUUUUGACACAUCGGAUGUUUUUGGUGGAUACUUUAAGUGGGUGAGAAAAUGACUUAGGAAGCCAACCAAGAGUAAUACGUGUUGCUAGUGACAUAGCUAUAAGCAUUCGUCUUGUGCCUGGCACUCAGAGAGGAGCCAUCUACCCCCCUCUGAUGACAAUUGCCUAUAGUGAUAUCCUGGUCCAAAAUCCCAGUACUGACAGUGUGGCGGUUUCUUUCUCUGUCAACUAUGAGAUGAACCAGUCAGAGGCUCGCAUUCAGACUGAUAUAGCGCUUGGUGUUCUGGGUGGCCUGGCAGUUCUGUGGUCCCUUCUUAAGACUGCUGGAUGGAAGAGGCGUAUUGGGAGUCCCAUGAUUGACCUGCAGACAGUUCUGAAGUUCUUGCUGUUCUACUCUGGAGACCUUGCAAAUGUUUUCUUCAUCAUCACAGUGGGAACAGGGAUUUAUUGGCUUGUAUUCUUCAAAGCACAGCAGUUUGUCUCUGUUCUCUUACCUCUGCCAAGUCAAGAAGAUAAUUUUGUUUCUUAUGUUGGAUGUGCUUUUGCUUUAAAGACCCUGCAAUUCUUGCAUCUGCUUGUUUCCCAAUUUACAACUGAUAUCUUUUUCAUUGACUGGGAGCGCCCUAAAGGAAAAGUUCUUAAAGCUGUUGAAGGAGAAAAUGGCAUGAGAAGUGUUCCUGUACCAGUAAGCAUAUGGAGAACAUACUUCAUAGCAAAUGAAUGGAAUGAAAUUCAGACCAUCAGGAAAAUAAAUCCACUCUUCCAAGUUCUUACUGUUCUCUUCUUUUUAGAGGUAGUGGGAUUUUCAAAUCUGGCCUUAAUGGACUCUUCUUCCAGCCUGACUAGAAACCCUGAAAGUUACCUAGCUCCCUCCAGUCGCAUUCUCAGAUAUGGGGUAUCUGCUGCACUUUGGCUAGUCAUUGCCAUAAUACAGGUGGUGUAUUUUUCUGUAUUCUAUGAAAGAUUUAUAGAAGAUAAGAUAAGGCAGUUUGUUGACUUGUGCUGUAUGAGCAAUAUUUCAGUCUUUCUGUUGUCACACAGAUGCUUUGGCUAUUAUAUUCAUGGUCGGUCUGUGCAUGGCCAUUCAGAUACCAAUAUGGAAGAGAUGAAUAUGAACCUAAAGAGAGAAGCGGAAAAUCUGUGUAGUCAAAGAGGUUUGCUACCAAACACAGAUGGCCAGACAUUUCAGAUUUCUAUUUCAGCCAGGAUGAGGCAACAUUAUGACAGGAUCCAUGAAACAUUAACAAGGAAACACGGUCCUGUGAGGCUUUUGAAUUCUUCUGCAACUACGUUUGAACAGAGAACUAAAGCAUACCAUACCAUGAAUAAGUUUCUAGGAUCAUUCAUUGAUCAUGUUCAUAAGGAAAUGGAUUAUAUUGUAAAGGACAAACUGUUAUUAGAACGAAUCCUUGGAAUGGAAUUUAUGGAACCAAUGGAAAAGAGCAUCUUUUACAAUGAUGAAGGACAUUCUUUCAGUGAUGUUCUUUAUUAUGGUAACGAAGCUACUCUUCUCACCUUUGAUAUGCUAUUUUUCACUAUAGUUGAUAUGGCUACCCAAAGUUUUGUCCUAGCAGCUGUUCUUACAUACUUACAACAAGAGAUUUUUAGGUUCAUUCGUAAUACAGUUGGACAGAAGAACUUGGCAUCCAAAACAUUGGUGGAUGAAAGAUUCCUUAUAUAAAUGAAUGAGGAAAAAAGACUCUAAACAGUCUCUAAUUAUGCUGUGCACAAAAAGAUGACUCAGGUGAAGUACCGUGUAAAUAUUUAUGUAUAGGAUUUCUCUUUUUAUACACUAUAAAAGUAAAACUUAUUUGUAUGACUUUAAUACUUUCAUACUUGUAAUGGUUGAUGAAUCCCAUGUUUUAAAGGGAUGCUAAGGUAAUAGAUAUUGUUAGUAAUAAAAAGUUAGAACCAUGCAUUAAAUUUGAAGAUACAUAUAUGUGCCUAUUGUACAAUGUGUGAUUUCAUGUUAAACAUAUUGUCAUUUGGCUUUGAGUAAUGUUUUUUGAUGUGUGAACUUGAACAGAAGUGGUAGCUGAAUACAUAAGGAAGAAAAUGCUCAAAGACUGAAAAAGCCAGAUGGCUUCAAGUAAUGAACUUCUAGUUUGAGAGCGGUUCCUACUGAAUAUCUAAAAAAAUUUGUAGAUGGAUGUCAUCUCAGAGUGUGAGAAAGCUAUGCCUUAGCGAAGCCCAGCCAUGGAAGGCUGAAGCACUUUCUCAACAUUUCAUGUUUCUGUGACUGUCAGAGAAGAAAUUUAUUAUGUGCAGGGCAGUCCUCAUUGCCACUUUUCUAAUUUGUGCUGUAAUGCGGACUUGUACACAGAUGUUUUAGCAAAGAAGACCUCUUAAAAAUAGCUUUGAAGUGGAAAAAAAUAUAUUUCAGCCAGUUAUAUUGAGUUCUCUACUGUAUCCUUUGUUUUUUUUGUUCUGCUUCUGUUAACAAAAGGAUUCUGGAAUUCUGAGCACUCCAGCUAGCAGUUUUGCUGAUCCGUUAGGUAGAGUGCACAGCAAAGCCUUCCACAGGAAUAAAAACGCUCACAGAUGUAAAAAUGUGCUGAUUGAAAUUAACAUAGCAGAUGUGGUGGGAUAAACAAAAGAAGCCUCCCCCACAUGAAUCAAGGGUCAGUAACAUGCAAAUGAGCCCCUACUGGAUGGUCUGACUUACUGAAAUGAUAAUAUUAGUUAACUAAGACUAUUACUAGUUCUGUGCAAUGAAAUUGUUACAAAUGGACUGUUAACUUCUUUGCUUCUGUCACGGCUGACUAUUUGUUUGCCUUCUUCUGGGGCUGGUCUCCAUUGCCUCCUGGAGGGAGAGGGAGAAGCACGCAGUUCACACUGCCUCUUUCACCCACUUCUUGUCCCUGUUCCCAUGCUUGCAGAUGAAUGGAAAGCAAGGUGAAGGACCAUGAGAGCCAAGGUGCUCUGAGAUAAGGAAUAGGGGGCCCUUUUUCUGUAUGGGUUCUUACCGCUACCUUGUGAUGUUGAUCCCCUGCUGUCAUCUUAUGUUGAGGCAGGUGUUGGGGAGAGACUAUGGGGAAGACCAUCACCUGCAUGCCCUGCUUAUGAUGACUCUGAAUGGAGUUGGUUUUGUUUUGGGUUGUGUGUUUUUUAGACUGCAAGUCUAGAAUCCCCUAUUCAUGCUGACUGGAGGAUUCUGGGAUCUGCAGUCCAAAAGAAUGGAAGAAGAUUGGCAGUAGUCAUUGGUUGGGGCUUGCACAACCUUUGGGAAGCUCUUCGUAUGUGACUGUAGAGAAAGCCAUGCAAAGAGUAGUAAAUGGAAGUAGGCCCAGAUAGGCUUGGGCUUUUUCUGCCCUAUGAUUAUUAUCCCCUGGUCCCUUUCGCACAACCAGUAUCCUCUUUCUGUUUCUGCCAACCAUUUCCAUUUUCUUGUAAAACUGAAUUCUGGAAUUCGUACAGAUAUAUGUGUACCUGUACAGUUAACAUGUGUUCUGAUUAGUGGAUUGUUUUUCUGUAGCUUCAGGGAGACCAGAUAUAGUUUUGACUACACACCACGAGAUUUAAAGGAAACAAAAUAAGAAUAUACAAAAGGCCAGGUAGCCAUGUUGGUCAUAUGAAAAAUUAGAAUAUCCAUCUCAUGAUAAUCUCUUUAGUGGGGAAGCUUAAAGAUCAUAAGAGCAUGAAAGCUUUCUGGUUUUCGAGAUCUCUUCAGGAAGCUAAAGAAAAAUAAAACGGAAGUGGACAGGAGAAAAAUGUCUGAUAUUAGAACCAUAGAGUCACAAUCUUAAGAUGCUGUGUGCGGAAAGGGUGUUCAUAACACUGUUCAUAACUCAAGUUUGCCUAAUAAAAAUACAUUCUUUUAAUGCAAAUGCAAAUUUAAAAUUCAUUUUAAUCCUAAAAUUAUUACGCUGAUUUGUUUCUGCUGUCACUUGGUUAGAUCAGUGGUUCUUAACCUUUGUUACUCUGAUGUUUUUGAACUGC